AUGCCGUAUGCUAAUCAGCCGCAGAUUGAUAUCACUGAAUUGACUAGCGAUCAGAUCAAAUUUGUUCUUUAUGAUACUGAUUUGAGUGUUGCGAACUCAUUGAGACGAGUUUUCAUUGCAGAGGUAAGUUAUUUACUCUUUAAAUCUUGGGGAUUUAAUUUCGAUUUUUAAGGUUCCAACAAUUGCUAUUGAUUGGGUUCAAAUUGAAAAUAACACAAGUGUUCUUCAUGACGAAUUCAUUGCUCAUAGAAUGGGUUUGAUUCCAUUCAUUUCCGAAUCUGUAGUUGAUAAAAUGCAAUAUACUCGAGACUGUGAAUGCGCCGAAUUUUGUGAGGAUUGCUCGAUCGAAUUUUGGCUUCGUAAGAAGUGUAGAGACGAUCACACUGUUGCUGUUACAACUGCAGACUUGGAAUGCAAAUCUCCUCAUAUUGUAAGUUAAACUUUAGAAAACUAGAACUUAUCGAAAAUAUACAAUUUUAGUUGCAAGUUAAACCUGCAUGUGGUCAAGCACUUCGUGAUCGUGGUGGUUUUCGAGACGAUUAUAUGCAAAGAGAAGAUAUUUUGAUUGUAAAACUGAGAAAAGGUCAAGAAAUUAAUUUGAAAUGUUAUGCGAAAAAAGGAUUUGGUAAAGAACACGCAAAAUGGAAUCCAACAUGUGGAGUUGCAUUCGAAUAUGACCCAGAUAAUGCACUCCGACAUACUAUAUAUCCAAAUGCAAGCGAAUGGCCAAGAAGUGAAUAUACAAAAUUGAAAGAUGAAGACGAAAAAGAAGCACCUUAUGAUUCUAAUGGAAAACCGGAGAGAUUUUUCUUCUCAAGUAAGAUUGUUUUUAUUUUUAAACUUAAUCGGAUUCAUUUAUUUUUCAGUCGAAGCAAGUGGAGCUCUUCCAGCUCAAAAUAUAGUGACAACUGGAAUCGCAGUGUUGAAAAAGAAAUUAGAGGAACUCCAAGUACAACUUCAAGUUGAACUUCAAAAUCAUGGCGCAGGCCAAUAA